GGGGUAUAUCUUUUGGCAAACAUCGCAUCAUGGCUACCUCAAACGUCUCAAUUAUCGCUAACACUCACCUAUACACGCAUGGAUUUCACCAACUGCCCUCAGGAGCCGGUUGACUGGGAUACCUACAUCCACCCUGAUCUGUUCAACGACCUGAUCUACCAUGAUAGUUGUGAACGCUUGGAGCUUGACAACAACAUCUCACAUACUGCCAACCAUGGCACUCAGAUUAGCAUGAACCCACAUGUGGAAUAUCUCGAUUUGUCCACCACAGUUUGUCCGGAUCGCUUUUUACCUGCUCAGCCUUGUUUGCCCCAUAAUCACGGGAAUAUUAAUCCCUCUAAUCACCCUCAUGACUUCCUAGGAGAUCUUGUUGACUUGGCAGGCGAAGAUAUCUCACAAAGCGAACAAUUUACAGCAUGUACUUACGACGGGCAUCUGCUCGACCAGUAUUGUACUCAACGCAGCUGGGAACCUUUGUUAGAUUCCACUCUGAUCACGAACGCUGAUAUCGAUACUGCUCUUGGUCUUGAUGACAACCACAAACUGAAGUGUCCGCCCGACUAUUCCCGCAUAUCCGAUGCAGAUAACCUUUCACACUCUCAAGUCAUUCUUCCCACGACUGAGACGGUUCCGGACACUAGAACAACAACCAAUGGUAUUGACACGGCUUCGCCAUUGCCAGGAUCAAGUCCCGCAUGUGCCCAGCCGCAACCUACAACGAAACGUAGGCGCGUAUCUCGAACUCCAAGCAAACCAACAAAAAGAAGAAAGGCUCAGCGAACGAAAAUACCCCCGUCAGCCAAAGAAGUUAUGGAAAAGGAAUUUGUGCGCAACCAGUAUCCAAGCGUCGAUGAUCUGGCUUUGUUAGCCACUGCCACUCAACUCAACAUCAAAAUUAUCCGCACUUGGUUUUCUAAUGCAAGAUCACGCAACGAAAUCCCUGGGGACCUUGUCUCAGACAUGAUCACAAUGAACUCGCCCAAUUUCUCCCGUGUCGAAAGCGUAUCAUCUGCGAAACUUGAGUGUUUGAACCGAUUAUCGCCACCCACUGGCAGGAGCUCUCUUGAGAGGUACCUCGCAGCUCCUGCGAGCGAUGACCCCGUACCUUCUGCGACCAUCCAAGCAGCAAUCCAGGAGACCAGCGUGCAGGAAAAGUAUGGUAGCAAAAUAGGUAUGACUAAAAGUACUGAGCAGUAUUCACCCUCACAUACCUGUGACGUAUCGGACAUCGACUCUGACUCUUUGUACGAGAUACUCGUACGCCUUCGGGACAUGCAAUAUCAAGCACAACUACCACAAGAAUCUGCUGUAUCUACCAACGACAAAGUAGAAAUACAAGGCAAUGUGAUUGAGACAGAGAUCGCAACUAAUUCAGAAAGCUCGAGAGGCUCUGAUAAAAGCGCGCAUAGUUCAGCGAGUAACAGAUCUAUCGAUUCUAGAGGGUCGCGUCGGGGACGAAAACGUUGGCCUGAUCUCCAGUCAUUGCCUACCAACACGGCGUACCAAUUCACUUGUACCUGGCCAACCUGCUCAUUGUCAUUUCGAUACCAAUCUGAGUGGAAACGACAUGAGGAAUCUGUUCAUUACUCUCCAUACCACUGGGUAUGUGGGUUAGAAAGCGCAGAAACACAUAACAUCUCAGACACAGCGAUACGAAAUGAAAACAGCUGCGCUGGGAAAGAUCUAAACCUCCGUACAUUUCUACGAAAAGAUCAAUUCGCAGCGCACAUGCGAAGGGUUCACCCAGAGGUCGGAGAGUGGGUCACUAGUCGCUUACUACUCAGCUGGAAAAUUAAAAACACGUCUCCCGAAUGUUCUGCUGUCCACUGUGGGUUUUGCGGCACCUCGUUCGACUCCUGGGAUCAAAGACAGAAUCAUGUGGCUAUUCAUCUUCGGAAAGGCUCUUGCAAGACAGGAUGGUGGCCUACACGGCUACCAUUAGUAGUAAUACCAGAGUUGCAUAGCGAUGAGUAUGAAACAUGUCCACUAAGACACCAUGACCCGAAGCAUAAUCUCAAGAUCGCACUUAGUUAUUUUGAAGAUUAUGUUUCAUGGUCCUGCCGUUAUAUCAGCUGUCCUCAUUCAAUCUUUAUCUUCCUUGACUAUUCGGUUAGUCGGUGUUUAAUAUGUGGUACUCAUGUGUCGGGAUAUAAUAUGGAAACUCAUGCUGAGAAACACAAGUUGCAAAGUUGUAAGCAAGAGAUAUUUACCGACGCGAAUGCGUUUCUGGAUCACGUAGUUCACGAACAUGGAGCCAGAACGUCGUCGGUAUUCGGACUAGGAUUGUGGAGUCACGCAAGGUGGAAAGCCGUAGCUUAAACUACAGAUUUUAAGUGCUUGUGCUGGAAAGAUGCCUCCACAUAUCAUUCGACAGUCUCGGACUGUAUACACGUGUGCACACUCUUGGAUCCACCAAUAUGUACAACACUAUGUCCCCGCAUUAUGUGCC